GACAUCGAUGCUCGUCCUUGGGACUUCCAAGCCGAAGAAUGCAGUUUACGAGCCCACAUUGAGUCCUUUAAUAGCCGGAGAUACGACCGGAUCCGGGACGCUGAAUUUUCUCCGGUCGACAACUGCCUCCAGAGCGUGCUGGGACAACCGUUAGAACUGCCCGAAGAUUUCCGCUACUCGUACGAACUCUGGCUCGAGAGAGAAGUAUUUUCCCAGCCCAUUCACUGGGAAGAACUGCUGGGCUACCAGUGAUGGGGGGGGGACGGGAUUCGAACUCGGCGCUUCGGCCGACAAGUGCUACAUUUGGUGGGGGGAAGAGGAAGGGGUUUUUUUUUCUUUCUUUGUGGAUAUCUUUCCACAGGGAAUUACCUGCUAGAAGUUGUGAAAAAGAAUUAUUUUACCUUCCCAAGCCUCUCCUCCUUUCCCCUCAACGUUAUCGGUCUGUAAGCAAAGAGAAGUUUAUUAUUAUUAUUAUUUUUAUUAUUAUUAUUUCCGUCGUUUUCCCUGAUCCAGGGCACAUGAUAUAUAUUUAAAUAUCCUAUAAUGGUGGUUUUGAAUGAAGGGGAUUCUGUACAGUGCUGGUGUGCAACCUUGACUUUAAGAUCCGUGGACUUCAAUUCCCAGAAUUCCCAAGCCAGGUAGGGAAUUCUGGGAGGAAGAUUCUGGCUGGGGAAUUCUGGGAUUUGAAGUCCACAAGUCUUAAAGUGGCCAAGAUUGGAAACCCCUGCUGUGUGCAUCAUAUCUCUCUUUGGUUGCUAUUAUAAAUAUUUUCUAUGAGUAAGAUACCUGGGCAAACAUAUAUCUGUAAGCCAAGUCAUUUCUCUCACUACGGACAAUCUAUUGCUGAUUCCAUCAAACAUUUCAGCAAAAUCCCCCCCCCUCCCCAUUUGUAUUUCAUAUCCACCUAUAAUAAUCUUCAACUAGAAAACAGUAUUCAUAGAAUAAUUUUUCAGGAUGAAUUAGGGGGCAUUUGCGUGUCUCCAAUACAUAAAAAUAUAUUGGAGAUGUGCAAAUUAUAUACCAAAAAUAUGUAAAAAGCACUGUGCAAUUUUCUUCCAUCUUCCCCGGGCAUAUAUUCCAAUAAUUUUUCCCCAAGCGUUGCAACGCUGCAUUAAACUGAUGUUUGCAGAAGGUUUGAUGCAUUUUCGAAUCAAAAAUGCAUCCAAUGUUCAGUUCUUACCUGGUUUGAAAAAGAAAACGCGCAUGAUUUUAAAAAUCGUAGCGGCAUGCAAAAUAUUUACUAAAGGGCACCGCACAAUAAUUGUGUUCAUAGUGGCUUUUCAGGAAUGCAUUCAGAUCCCUCCCUACACGUGUUCUCUCUUUUAUUCCUGCGAUGUGACAAUGUUUGAAGCAUGCCAGGCCCCUUUGCUUGCGUCUUCACGCUUCGAGGAUAUGUUUGCACAUCCCUAAACCUGCUCUUCCGGCGGCGAUAACACGGGUUCUCACAUGAACUGCUUCAUGCUUUGUGUGUGUUUGUGCCACGAACACGGGUAGCAAGAAGGAGCAGAAGGGUAUCAGGCACGCUUGUACUCUGACAUGCUUGAAUUAUGGCUAAUGUGCGUGACACACUUUUAUCGGUUUAGUAACAUGGCAGCAAUUUCUCUUUACAAUACAAAGAAGAAGAUUUUACUUUUUUUCAUUCUGAAAAGGACAUUUUUGUCCAAAAGCUGGACAGGCUGCAUUUUCCAGGCACACACACACAAAAAAGCCCAUCAUUUAUGUAACAUUCUACCUAAAGAAGGAAGCAGAUGCAGUGAUGAAUAUAUUUAGCCACUUGGUAAAUACGUGGCCUUAAAAUUUCCCAGUUCACCGAAAGCCAGAUGCGCACUUUAUCCAUUCUGGGAAAGUUGUCUGCAUAAAGACAAAAAAAUAACUAAAUAUCAUUUUGUUUGCAAUCUUAUUUUGGAGCAGGCGUUCGGAAAACGAAAAAUAUGUGAUUUUAAAAAUUGUAGCGGCAUGCGAAAAUAUUUGCUCUGUGGCCCCCGCACAAUAAUUGUGUUGAUAGUGGCUUAUCGGGAAUGCGUUCAAAUCCCCCGGUUAUUCUUUUAUUCCUGCAGA